UGUAUUGUCCAGCGGUGCAGGUGGAGGUUCCUACAAUAUAAGAUCUGCUCAGUGGAUAUCUUCUAUAUAAGGUCAUUCUCCUGAUUGACCCAUCAAGGAUGAAUAGAGACAGGGUCAAGAUAGCAGAGACUAUAUUAAAUCUCACCCUGGAGAUACUAUAUCGGCUUACUGGAGAGGAAUACACUGUAGUGAAGAAGUCCUCGAGUGAGCAGAGUCAGGCCACUGUGUCUGAAGGAUGGGGAAGAACCCUCAGCCUAGUCACAGGGCCUCCACUUCAUUCCCAAGAAGAAGCCAAUGAAGAGAAGAUCCUAGAACUCACCAACAAGAUCAUUGAGCUGCUGACUGGAGAGGUUCCUAUAAGGUGCCAUGGAGUCUAUUUCUCCAUGGAAGAGUCAAAAUGUUUAGAAGGAAACAAAGAUCUGUACAAGGACGUCAUGAUGGAGGAUCACCGGCCUCUCACAUCAUCAGUUAGGUCCGGUAAGAGAAAAACACAGGAGAGGCGGCACAGUCCUCUUGUUCCACAGCAUGGUUCAGAAGAACAUCACAAUGUCCCACAGGAUGAUCAGUAUUUGUUUCAGGUUUUGGAUCCAGAUAAAGAUCUGAAAAUUAUAAAGGCUGCAGAGACAUAUGUGAAGGGUGAUGAGCAGAGUACAGAGGACAUUCCUACAGAUAACCGCCCAGAUGACUGUACCAGGAGCUCAGAGGGACAUCUGAUAUCUUCUGACUUUAAAACGGAGGAUUGUGGUAUCACAGAGGACACUUACAAAGAAGAUGCCAUUAUCCCAGCUAUACCCUUAGUUCUUCACAGCAAACAUCUAUCAUCUGAUCCUUUUAAACAGGUCCAAUCUUCUGAUUUAUCACAGCAAAAUAAAAGCCACAGAAAAGCAAAAACAAGGGAGAAGCGAUUUUUAUGUUCAGAAUGUGGAAAAGGUUUUCCCCAUAGAUCAUCUCUUGUUGUACAUAAGAGAAUUCACACAGGGGAGAAACCAUAUGCAUGUUCAGGCUGCGGGAAAUGUUUUACAGAUAGGUCAGCUCUUAUUAAACAUGAGAGAAUUCACACGGGGGAGAAGCCAUAUUCAUGUUCAUACUGUGGUAAAUGUUUCAAUGUGGUAUCAAUUCUUGUUAAACAUCAGAGAAUUCACACGGGAGCAAAGCCUUUUCUAUGUUCAGAAUGUGGGAGAAGUUUUACAGAAAGAUCCGCUCUUAUUACACAUGAGAGAAUUCACUCAGGGGCGAAGCCAUUCUCUUGUUCAGAAUGUGGGAAAUGUUUUACCCAAAAAUCAACUCUUGUUAAACAUCAGAUAAUUCACACAGGGGCAAGGCCAUUUUCCUGUUCAGAAUGUGGGAAGAGUUUUACUCAAAAAUCAACUCUAGUUAAACAUCAGAGAAUUCACACAGGGGAGAAGCCAUUUUCAUGCCAAAAAUGUGGGAAAUGUUUCAAAGAGAAAUCGACUCUUGUUAAACAUGAGAGAAAUCACAUAGGCUUGAGGCCAUUUCCAUGUUCAGAAUGCGGGAAAUGCUUUAACCAAAAAUCAGAUCUUGAUAGACAUAAGAGAAUUCACACAGGGGAGAAGCCAUUUUCAUGUUCCGAAUGCGGGAAAUGUUAUAGACUUAAGGCAGGUCUUGUGGCUCAUCAGAGGAGUCACACAGGGGAGAAGUCAUUUUGAUGUACCGUAUGUGGAAAGUGUUAAAGUUCACCGUAAAUGCGCAUCGAUGAACUCGCACAGGAAGCACAUUUUUGCACCCAGAUUCUACCUGUGUCGUAAUAGAGGACUAGCUCCGUACUUUUACAGCAUACUUUUACAGAUAAGUCCCAGCAGUUUAACCUCUUAAAU